AUGGUAUGCCAAGUUGUCCCGGGCUUUGUGUUCCAGAGGGUACCCACACUCCUUCAAUGUUCCUUGUUCAAAAGGGUUUCUGGUGAUUCCUUGGUCAUCUUAGCUAUCUAUGUAGAUGACAUAACCCUUACAGGGACUGACCUGGCUGAAAUUUCUGAUCUCAAGUCCUUUCUCCAAGCUGAGUUCAAAAUUAAGAAUUUGGGGUCUCUGAAUUACUUCUUGGGUAUUGAAGUUUUAUACACCCCUUCUGGUGUUGUCCUUCAUCAGAAGAAGUUUUUGCAUGAUCUCCUAACUGCAUUUCACAGUCUUGACUGUUCAUCAGUGGUGUGUCCCGUUGAACUGAAUGCUAAGCUUAAGGCUGGGGUUGGGGAUCCUCUUCCAAAGCCUGAGGAGUACAGAUGGACUUCUGAUUUUGGCAUCAUCUUCAAUUCAUCUUCUGAUCUUUCCUUGGUUGUGUAUUGUGAUAGUGAUUGGGGUGCCUGUGUUGAUAGUAGAAGAUCUGUUUCUAGCUUUUGUGUGCUUCUGGGUAGUAGUGUAAUUGGUUGGAAAUCCAAAAAGCAGGCUGUGGUGUCACUCUCCUCUGCAGAGGUUGAAUACAAAUCAAUGAGUAAAGCUGUUGCUGAGAUUACUUGGGUUACUCGUUUAUUGUCUGACUUUGGCCUGACUGAUCUUUCUUCUAUUCCUUUGUUUGGUGAUAACCAGUGA